UGCAAUUAUGAGGAAGUCUUCUUGUCGCUGUAUGUUCAACUUCUUCAACAGCGUCUCAAGCAUUAAGUACUUUAGUCAUUGUUAUGAUCCAAACUGCUCUUCUCAAAACAAUUCUUUUAUUUCUUUUCUUCCCAUUAAACAUCGAAACUUUCAUCUGUUUUGUGGAAUUAUUUUGUUUGACCUAUACUACUGUCUUGAUAAGACCGGAAAUCCUAUCGUUUAAGAUUUUAGUCUAUUAUUCUCUUUUGUUGCUAUUGUGCUUGAUCAAAAAAGCUACAAUUGCACUGCUUCAGGUUUGCACUGGGGCCAAAAGUGAACAAGAUUCAAAGUUGGCAGCAAGAAAGUAUGCAAGAAUUAUCCAAAAGCUUGAGUUUCCUGCCAAAUUUAAGGACUUUAAGAUUCAGAACAUUGUUGGCUCCUGUGAUGUGAAAUUUCCGAUCAGACUUGAAGGUCUUGCGUACUCUCACGGUGCCUUUUCAAGUGAAUCUGUUCUUGCUCUAUCAUAUAGGAAAUGCUAAUUAACCAUUAUCAAUUUCAAUCAAAAGUUUGUGCUUAGGAUUAGUUUUUACUUGUGUGUUCCGGUUAAGGAGUCAGAUAUUUCAUUUUAAGUAGAAUCAACAUAUUGCUGUGUGGCUGCUCUUCCAUCAACAGCACUACGGGGUAUGGGAUUUAUUUACUCAAUGAGGACUUAUCUCUUUCUCCCUCGGAUGCCGUAUGAGCCUGAACUCUUCCCUGGUCUGAUACAUCGCAUGAAACAGCCCGAUAUAGUGCUCUU